UGGGUGCUGGAUUGUGCAUUGAAAAUCAUCAAACUGGAGCUGUUUGAUGGCAGCCAGCGCGGACUGAAAGACAGACGAUGCUGCAGAAUGGUGCGUCCGGUUUCCUGCAGUGUUUAUGUGCAGGAUUAGCCGCUACUUAGCUCCGUGUGUGUAUGUAUAUGAGUGUGCAGACGCAGGGCGCCGCCAGCCAGCCAGCCAACCAGCCGCGUCAGGUGGAUGCGCCUGCAGUGAUCCAGGUCGCCCCUAUGGAUCGCGUCCAUGGAUGUCUUCAAACCCGCUUUGGACAAUAGUUUGAGUCCCAAGGCGUGCGUUUCCUCAUCGGAAGAAGCUGAGGCAGAUGUUUUUCGCUGGCCGAGACCGGAGAAUGGCAUCAGCGCGGCGCCGGAUGCGCUCCCCGCUGCACCGGGCUUCUGGACGGCCGUGUUCGACUAUGAAGCGACUGCGGAGGACGAGCUCAGCCUGCGGAAGGGGGACCAGGUGGAGGUCCUGUCCAAAGACUCCCUGGUGUCGGGAGAUGAGGGCUGGUGGACCGGUAUGAUAGCGGACCGUGUUGGCAUUUUCCCAUCUAAUUAUGUGAGCAACGGGAAUGUCAUUCCGGAGGAAAUACGCGACACCUCGGAGCAGCAGUACUCAGUGCCUCCUCUGCACCUCCUGGAGAUCGAUUUCUUAGAGCUGACCCUGGAAGAAAUCAUCGGCGUGGGCGGUUUUGGAAAAGUCUACCGUGCAGUGUGGCGGGGCUCAGAGGUGGCGGUGAAGGCAGCGCGGCGGGACCCUGACGAGGACCCGGAGCAGACUCUGGAGAGCGUGCGCCAGGAGGCCAAACUGUUCGCCAUGCUCAACCAUCCCAACAUCAUGGGCCUGCUGGGGGUGUGUCUGCUCGAGCCCAACCUGUGUCUGGUCAUGGAGUACGCCAGGGGCGGCCCCCUCAACCGGGCCCUCGCGGGGAAACGCAUCCCUCCGUGCACGCUGGUGGACUGGGCAGUUCAGAUCGCCCGGGGGAUUCUCUACCUCCACAGCCAGGCCAUCGUCCCCAUUAUUCACCGGGACCUCAAGUCCAGCAACAUCCUGAUCCUCGAGAGGGUCGAGAUGGAAGACCUCAGCAACAAGACUCUGAAGAUCACAGACUUUGGGCUGGCUCGAGAGUGGCACCGCACCACCAAGAUGAGCGCCGCCGGCACCUACGCCUGGAUGGCGCCCGAGGUCAUCCGCUCGUCUACGUUCUCCAAGGGUAGCGACGUUUGGAGUUAUGGCGUACUGUUAUGGGAGCUGCUGACAGGAGAAGUCCCAUUUCGCGGCAUUGAUGGUCUCGCUGUGGCUUACGGGGUGGCGAUGAACAAGCUGGCUUUGCCCAUUCCCAUGACCUGUCCUGAGCCCUUUGCACGUCUUAUGGAAGAAUGCUGGAGCUCAGACCCUCACUCACGGCCGCAAUUCACAACUAUCCUGGACCAGCUGACGGCCAUCGAGGAGUCUGGCUUUUUUGAGAUGCCAGCAGAGUCCUUCCACUCUCUGCAGGACGACUGGAAACUGGAGAUCCAGGAAAUGUUUGAUCAGUUGAGGAUGAAGGAGAAGGAGCUGCGAUCGUGGGAGGAGGAGCUGACCCAAGCCGCACUGCAGCAGAAAUGCCAGGAGGAGGCGUUGAGGAGGCGCGAGCAGGAACUAGCCGAGCGGGAGAUCCACAUUCUGGAGCGAGAGCUCAACAUCAUCAUUCACCAGCUCUACCAGGAAAAGCCUCACGUGGAGAGCAGGCAGGGCAAGUUCCGCCGCAACCGCCUUAAACUCAAGGAUGGGAACAGGAUCAGCCUGCCUUCAGAUUUUCAGCACAAAAUCACAGUGCAGGCGUCUCCCUCACAUGAUCGGCGGAGGAGUUUGCUCAGCAGCAGUUCCAGUCCUCCCAGUAGUCCUCAGAUGCUGCCUCGCCUGAGAGCCAUCCAACUCACUCCACGGGAGGGUUGUACAGCCUGGGGUCGCAACACAGGUUUUUAUCAGGAUGAAGAGGAGAGUGAGAGGAAGGGGUCCAGGAAAAAGGGCCGAUCCCGCGGGUGUGGCCCCUACAGGGAGCACAGCGCUGAUGCCAGUGUGAAGCCUCCCCAUGAAGGCAGCAGGCAGCGGUCCUGCAGCGCCCCAAACCUUCGCAGAUCCCCGAGACACAGUCCAGCAGUGCCUGGAGUGCCAAGCCUUGUGGAGAUGGAAAAUGAAGACUGCUGCUUCACCACUGAGCCAGGAGCAGCUUCUGGUCAGUCCUACCUCUGCAUCCCCUUCCAGAAGGAGGGUCACACGGCUGCUGCUGCUGCCGACGGUGAAGGAGACGAGUACUGCCCCAGCGGCCAGCUUCCAGGGACCCCACCGUGCAGGAAGAGCCCCGGUGGGGGCCGGCGGUCCGAGCUGGUCCUGCUGGGCUGUGGAGCUCUGCUGGCAGCCGUCGGACUGGGCUGCAACCUGCUGAGUCUGGCCCAUCCGGAGGAGAGCAUCAAACCACGGUGGGAAGGUUUCUUCCACAGAACAGGGGGGCAGAGGCGGAGCACCAGCCCCCCAACUCGCAGACUGUUCCGGCGGGAAAGCCCGCUGAAACCCCCGGCGCCCACGCUGCCCGAGCGAGGCUUGCCCUCCUCUUACACGCUGCUGUCUUUAUCAUCAGUGUCUGACUGCAACUCCACCCGCUCACUGCUGCGCUCUGACAGCGAGGAGCUGCUGGUCUGCCGCCCCGCCUCACCGCUCAAACACUCUCCUCUCUCGAAGCAACAGGCCGCCCACCCGCCGGUCAACCCGCUGGUCAACACCCACCUAGAGAGCUUCAAGCGUAAUCCUCGCCAGUCUCUCACACCCACGCACGUACCAUCUGCCCCGAGUUCCUCACGCAGCCUCCGUCGAACACCAUCAGACGGGGCCAUCAAGAAGAGCUGCCCCUCUAAUAAUCUGGAAACAUUGCCAGAGAAACCUGCAUUAGAGAACACAGGUGUCUUCAGAGGGUUAAAAGAAGACUGUCCUGAGGUCCCCCGGCUCCCUGAUCCAAAUCUUGUGUUCCCUCCAACUCCCCGUCGUCGCUGUGCUCCUGAACGCCCCAAAACCCUUGACUUUGUGGCUCGUCCUCGGCCUUCACCACGAGCACGCUGCGACGUAUUUUGGGCGGACGCGAGGCCCAGGGGAAACGGACAAAACCUGGGUAACGGCGACUCUCCUGCCCACACCUCCAGCACAGAGACUCCUCCGACUGUAGAGUUCGGUAGGGACCCGGCGGUGCUACCCACCCCCAUGGAGGCCCCAACGCCCUACUCCCCCCGCAAGAGGGAAAACCUGUUGGAUCAGCUGGAUGAGGGACAGUGCCGGGAUGGAACCGUCCCACUCUGCAGACCGGAAAUCAGCUUUCCCAAAGACUCCCCGUACCGCUACAGACCUGGAUUCUGGUCUUAACUCGGCCUCGGCCCAACACAAGGAGGGGACUGUCCCUGCUGUUAGCCUUUGGAUUCAUACAGGUCUGGGUCAAUUAGUACUGACAAAAAUGAAUCUGUUUAGCUUUAAUGAGUACUUAAUGAGGGUGGCUCACCAUUCCCCAUCUACAAUAUUGUUGCUAAAUUACAGGAAGACAUUUACUGUGAAUAUUCAACCCUUUCGGACAUUUGCUAUAUUGCCAUUUGUGAUAACAACCUCAGAUGUGGCAUCUAAAACUGGUAAAACAAACCAUAGAAAGUAUAAAAUAUCAUUUGACCCUGAUAGAGUGACGGAAUAACACCUUUUUUCUUGAGUUUUCUCACUAACAGAAACCCUGACAUUUGUCAUUCAACAUGUAAAUUAUUUAUUUGGGAAUGAACUCAUUAAUGGCUUGGUAGCAUAACGCCACUGACAGUUUCACAAAGCUUUACAUACUUUUCUUAAUUUCAAGCUUGAGUUUAAGAAUGUGCAUUUAAUGAAGUGCACUUUUGGAAAGCGUCAUGAAUGUAAAGCUUCAGGUUUUUUUCCAUCGUCGAAAAACAAAAAACCCCUGUCUCUGAUUAUUUGUAAUUUGUCUGUAAAAGCAUUAUGUUAUUUGAACCCCUCUGUAUGAUUCACUCUCCUGUGUUAGUGGCUGAUGGAUUCCUGUUUUGUACUGAGCACCUGUCAUCACCAAUCACAUGUACGCAGUAAUAUCCCAGGGACGGGGGAUGCUGUUGUAUAAUAUGAGCACUUCUUUGCAUUAGUAACCCGCGGUUUUCAGCCCUGUACGGGGAACUGUAUUAAAAAAGAAGAAUGUCACUGCUGCUUGGGUUUGAACUGGGACCGAAACACUGUCAGGAAGUCACAACCAAACAUAUCAUAGAACUCAUUAAUUCCCCAUCGAGUUCAUUCUUUGUUUGUGACCCCGUUAGAGCAGCUUGUUUGGAUCCCGACUCAACAGCUUAGAAACAUUUCUUCCAAACUAAAAAGGGAACUUUGUAUUUGUAAAUUGUCUGCCUCAUAAACUGUUGACCGAGAUAAAAUGAGGGAUGUAAAGUAUGCAAGCGACAAACUGCACGAGUGUUGAAUGGCACAUGGGUGAAGCAGGCCCUGGUGGCAUGUGGAAAUUAAUUCCUGGUUAUUUGUAUUUGUAACAAUUGAUUUAAUUGUAUUUAUUGAUCAAUGUAUCUUGAUUUAUUUUUAUAACUUUUUGCCUUGAUUUUUUUUUAGAGUUAAAUGUAGCUGCAAAGAAGUGCAGCAACAUUUGACUUGCUUCUUAUUAAUUUGUCUGUUUCAUGCAUUUUAAAUAAUCUUCAGAUUGUUCUUUGGGUUUUUUUUAAAACAUCUUUGUCAAAGGUGCAAGUAGUUUCAAUCCGAUGAACUAAAUCUGGCACGAUUAGUUCAAAAUUAUUUGGUAUCUCAAUUGUGAGAAUUUGCUGCUUUUCUUUAUCUUGUCUGAUAGUAAAUUGAAGGUUUUGGACUUUUGUCCUGCGAAAAACAAGCUAAAGCUGGGCUUUAUUGAAUUGUAACAGGUGUUAUUUAAUUGAGAUAAUAAUCAACAGAUUAAUUAAUUAUGUCAACAAUCAUUGAUUGCAGCCCCAAAUCCAACUAUCAAAAAGGUAUUUAACCAAACUAAAUGCAUGCAAACUGGUUAGUUUUUGUUUCUGCAUUUUGUGUUUGUCUGGACUGCACUGGUGUUAUAUUUAUUUUAAAAGUUUUACCUUUUUUUUCAACCAACUUGACAAGAAAAUUUAUAAUAUUGAAGGAAGUGCCAGGUUACUGGUGCAGCCAGAUGUGGCAAAUCCUACUAAUUAUCUGUCAGAUUAUAAAAAGAGCUAAUUAAUUAUCUGUUAUUUGAAAUGAACAAACAAAAAAUUAUCAGACUCUGGUCUUAAUGUCCGUUUGUCUCAUUCGAAUGUUAAGUGACCUCUCAGCCUGAAGGGAGAUUUGAUCCAUGUGACCUGAUGUACAUGUAAACGUGAAAGCUUUUUCUCUGAGGACUGUGCAGAAUGUGAUCAUGCUCAAUGUACAAACACAUUAUUUCAACUAAAAGGGUGCUAGUUGAAACAAAGCUCUCUUGUCUGAGGUGUAGCCAAGGUGUCAUUAUCUGUCUGAAAUGUUACCACGAAUAAGCUGAUCUUACUGUUGCUGAUGGACAUUGUUCAGGUUGGGAACAAUACUGUUAUCGACUGACUUGUAUUUGCACUGGAACACACUGAUUUGAGUAAAAUCAUACUAAACAAUACAACAAA